GCUCAAGAUCCUAUAUCCCUGGCAUUUACCAAGCACAAGCAUGGCCGACGGAGCCUCACGGACUGCUCGCUUACCAACCUCACGCACCCAAGGCCUGCUCGCGGUGCUGCCUCUCAAGAGCUCUGCAGACGACCGUCUGCAGUCGGAUCUGUUGCUGGCCUGGACCGACGGAGUCAGCUGCUUUGCAGCUCUGGACAGCGAGCUGGAGGUUAUCGCGAAUGGCGCUGCAGUUAUUGAUCUGGCUCAUAUUGAGCCAGCCUGCACCAUAGCGCAUACCAGCCUGCCUCGUUCGCUUGCAUGGCUCCGCGAUCCUGUUGAUCCUGAACAAGCGGUACUCCUCGCUCUCUAUCCAUCCAAGAUCCGGUCAUGGGUGUUUGGACCAGUCCGUCCCAAAUCAACGCUCUCUUAUCAAGAAACCGCACCGCUUCUAUUCAUGUCAGACUCAGUCUUGACGAGCUGCUCAUGCAACCCGGUAUUUCCGGUCGUUAUGCUUGUGUCGAAUCAAGAAUUAGCACUUUAUUCAUGGCCAUUCCAAGACGAACAGGGAUCUCGCUCGGCUAAAUUUUUCCACCAGCUGCCGAAUGCUAGUCUCUCGAGCGGUUGCUGGAGUCUUGACGGUUUGGUGUUUGUCUGCAUCUCCGGCGUUUCGGCUAUCCAAGUAACGUCCCCGGAUCCGUCCUGGAGAUAUCCCAAGGUGCAGAUCCUCACCCAUAACCUAUCACUAUCGGUCCGACGUAUCAUACCUCUGAGUCUCCCCACCGACUUUAUCAUCAUUGGCGACUCUGGUUUCAGCCUGAUGCUCGAAAGAGACGAUAUCGUCCCGCGAAUGGCAGUGCGUGCUCCUAUCCGUCGAAGCUCACCAUCUGAAGAUUUACCGACUAUAGUUGCGCUCUCGUCGCACAAUGAGAUGCUCGCUCCAGUAGCACCUCAGCAACCAGAACUGCCUGAUCUCUUCAACAUAUACUCUAGCUCCCCUGCAGCAGCUCCGAUUGGGACUCAAAACUCAGCUGCCGACUCCGUGCUAUGCUGGAUACGUUUCCCAGAUGGCAGGACUGAUGGUGGCUUGGAGACAACAGUCCGACUCCUUUCAACUCUCCAUUUGCCCCUGCUACUCAUCGACGUGGUCGAGUAUGAUCGAGUGAGCCACAUCUAUGUAUCGAACAACACCGUACCAGUAAUCUUUGAUAUCAAAUGUGACCUGACCUCGGGUGUACUGCAGCAAGGCGAUGUCAUCGACCUGGAAGCCGGCCAUGUCGUGCUUGCGCUCGCAUGUGCUAGCCAAGUAGCCAGGAGAUCAUCCGCCAAUCACAGAGUCUCGAGCGGUGCUUUUCCCGGCUUACCAGCCGUCGGAUCAUCAAGCACACAUAUCCUGCGGAUCUUGGCCGGCCAAAAGAAGCGUCAAGGGCUAUUUGAAAAUCAGCUAUCGGGCCAGGGGGACUACUCGCUUAAGCUGAUCCGAAUGGAGCGAACAGUUGAGGCGAAUGCCCCACCACUGGCGGCGACUUCCUCGACCCCAGAGCCCGCCGUGUCGGUUUCGCAGAUUGUGCGGCUUCUGGAAAGGAUGACUACGCAGCUUGAUCGGAUCGAGCGCAAACAGAAUGAAAUCGAGUCCAGGCUCCAGCGGCUUGAAAUUCGGCGGGGCAUGUCGUAGCCUCCAUGGUCUCCGUGGAGAUCCUGUGCGAACCCAGCAGAUUCGCCAAGUCACUAUGGAAGGCUCAGUUACAGAGCAAGUCGGAUCGUGAAUACACAGCUCCAACGAUGCGUUAUAUAAAGAGAAACCCCGAG